AUGGAGGAGGACAUGUUCUACAACCACAUCAUGACUGCACCCCAACGGCGCCCCUCGCAACCGCCUCCCUACCGAGCCGGCUCCCCGGACCACGACCGCCGCCCCCGUACUGGCAGUCGUUCCCCGAGAGAUCCCAAGGACAAGCAGGCCACCCUCUCUGUGCCCCGCUACCAAAGCACACUCAACAUUGAGGGCGUCUUCUCCAAGAAGCACGAGAUUGAGAACACGACCAAAAGGGCCGAGGAUCGUCACUGGCACCCCGUCUUCGUCGCCCUCCAGGGAACCGCGCUCAACGUAUACGGCGUCAAGAAGGACUGGGGAUGGGGUAAGACCCGAGACGGGCCCACGAUAUCCCCGGACAAUCCGCCGUGGGUGAGGAAGGGGAAGCUGGAGAAGAGCUAUAGCCUGCUGCAUGCCGACGCCGGUAUUGCUGCCGACUACAACAAGCGCCGCUACGUUAUUCGGGUGCGGGCAGAGACUGACCAGUUUCUCCUUUCCUGCGUCGAGCUCAGCACCUUUGUCAAAUGGCUCGAGAGUCUUUUUGCGGCCAUUGACGUUGCCGCUCCCAUAGACGAUCGCGAUUUCCCUCGUGACAUGUCUAUUCCUCGAGUCCAGCGUAUCCGCUGGUUUCAGGGCCAAUCGCCCGCCCUUCCUGGUUUCGCGGCUGCCCCGACGACCCAGGAGCCCGACAGCCAGCAGUCUCCUGCUCAAGACCCGGUCCCGAGCACGCCUGCACAGUCACAGUCACAGUCGAUUCCCCAACCGCCCGAAUCUGGCCUGGCGGUGGAAGGACAGGGGCCUUCACCAUCACAACCUCGGCCCCUUGCACCGGGGCACGCUCAGCCCGAACAGCAGGCUCAGUCAAGGGACGCAUCAGGCGGGCCGCCGCGAUUUGGGCCGCCGCGUCGGUUCAGCAUGACCACAUACCCCAACCUCUCUGUCGAUCCCCACACGGGCAAAUGGUUCCCCGAGCAUAAGUGGUCAAGCGCUCACGAUCUGCUGUACGCCAAGCUCUGCUACAGCAACCUGCUUUUCCGGAGUCCCCGCAAGUCCAACUACAUCAUCAGCAAGGGCAAGCAGUGGUUUGUCGACUGGGGAACUGGCAGGAUGGUCCGAGUUCUCCCACCCACCUACGGCGAAGUCGACUAUUUCGGACCCUGGCAAGUCAUCCACACGGAGAACUUCAGAAUAUAG